AUGAGUUAAUAAAAACAUGAAAAUGAUUAAACAAAAACAGAUAUUAGUUAAGAUGAAGAUGAUUAAUAAAAUAAAGUAUGGGGGUAGAUAGUCCCUUUAAACUCUUAAAAAUUAAAAACAUAUGAUCUUAUUGAUAAUAAUAUAACAAUAGGAAGAAACUCUAAUAAUAUAAUUCACAUUUAAGAUUCCCGUUUGAGCGGUUUCCAUUGUUCUUUAGAUUAUAAAGAAGAUAAAAAUGAAGUUUAUUUAAACGACUUAUCGACUAAUGGUACUUAUAUUUUAGGUAGAAGAGUAGGUAAAGGAAAUCUUAAAAAAUAGAAAUGGAGAAGUAAUAUAUUUAUUACAUAAAACGAAAGUAGAUGA